ACUCAGCAAGGUACUUGACUCGAUGUGCAUUCACUCGACAUAUGCAUAUUGUAAGAUUUCAUUGUUUGGACUGAGUAUAAAUUAUAAGUUUAAAAAAACCAAAUUCUGAUAAUGCCUUCCUUUUCCAAUCAAUUGCUGUGUGUAGCUAAUUAAGCUACGAGCUUUUUUUCUGCUGUGAAUGAUUUUUCCUAAGAACUUUUAACAUUUUUUUUUUUACAAACUUCUUGAGGACUCUUAACAUUUAUUUUGUGUGUGUAGCUAUAUACGGCUUGUCAAGAAGCCAUGACUUGGUGUAAUUUUCUUCUGUGUUGAUAGUCUUGAAUUCAUGUCCAUAUGAAGCAGCUAACUACAAAGAUUUUUAUUGGUAUAAUUUACAAAACUUAUGGAUGUGUUGCCUUGGUAUUCAAUGCUUCUUUUUUUUGGAAUAUGCUUGCUAGAGGAUUACGUUCUUGUUGGUGAUGUAAUAAUGAUUAAUGAUGAUUAUGUCCUUUCUAUGAACCAGGUGAGUGUUUAAAUGUAUAACCUGUAUUGCACAGAGCUUUUCACUGCACAAAAGGAGUGGGGGGAAAUUUUACAUGCUAGCUGCCAAGGACCUAGCAAUUACAUGGGGUGAUACUCCUCGUUAUUGGAGAUGGAACUCCAUAUGAGAUUCCAGGUCUCUCUUUCUCUCUCUCUCCAUACGAGAUUCCAGCUCUCUCACACACACGCCCACGCAAACACCACUCAGAAAAUGCAGAAAAAAGGCAUGCUUGACACAGUUUCACUCACACCCAACCAAAAGAAUUCAAGCAUCAGUUGAUUGUUUUUAAGUGUCUUCACCAACUAAAAAUGAAUAAAUAUGUGAAGAUUAAUGUCUAUAAUUCAUGCUUAAUUACAAACAAGUUCCCUGAGGGUGCAGAGCUUCUUGACAUUUGUUGGUUUGAAAUCAAUGGGAGGAUCAAUACUUGCAAGCUUUCUUCAAUGGCACACAUUAUAAGGCAUACCUUGUGUUCAAGCUGGUAGUUAGAGUUUUUGGAUUUAGAAAUGAACCAAUAGAAGCCACUGUUCGACUUAGUAGAACUGAAGGUUUACAACGAACUAUGUUUCUGCGUGCAGAUGGUGAAGAUGUACAAAAUGAUUACGGAUACCCAAUAGAGAGGGGAGACGGUUGGUCAGAGCUAGAGUUGGGUGAAUUCUUCAAUGAAGGAGGUGAAGAUGGCAAAUUGAAAGUAUGAAUUUUUCGUUUCAAUGGUCACUGGAAGAGCGGUGUCAUUAUUGAAGGCAUUGAAAUCUGGCCAAAUUAGCAGGACACGACAAGAUUUUCUUCCACCCUAUGUAUCUUAUGUGCAUGCAGGAAAAAAUUGCUCCUGUUAGAUUGAGUGUCAUGCACUAGUCUUCAUAAAUGUACGAGUUCUAUUGUUAUCUAGACACAGUCUGAAUCUUUAUUUGAUCAAUGCCUGCAUAAUCUGUAGUGUUAAUUACUAGUUUUGAUUUGAUUUAGGGAGGAGCACUUUUAGGACUUAUUUAAGUUCGUAAGGAAAAGCAUUUCAG